AUGGAUGCGCCGCGCAACGAAGCUCAGCCCACCGCCGAAAAUCUUCCUGCUGGAGAGGGUACCAAGGCAGAGUCUGUUGCCAGCAGCGAUGUCGCAAUUCUCAACUCAAUGGGUUAUAAGCCCGUUUUACAUCGAACAUAUACGUUUAUCGAGAACUUUUCGACCACAUUUGCGGCGCUAUAUUUUGUCGGCGGAGUGCGUGUGACGUUCAGCACCGGCAUUGCGGGCGGAGGUAAUUUGGCUUACUGGACAAGCUACCUCGUCACCUUGGUCUUUACAUUUAUAACUGCGGCGGUUAUUGCAGAGGUCUGCUCGGCUGCGCCCACAGCAGGUUCAAUCUACCUGUGGGCCGCUGAAGCAGGCGGUCCGCGCUAUGGACGGUUUUUCGGAUUUGUCGUUGCGUGGUGGAGCACUACUGCCUGGACUACCUUCUGUGCCAGCAACACGCAAGCUGCCACCAAUUACAUGCUAUCUGAAAUCAAUGUAUUCGGUCUAGACUUCCCUACGGAUCCUAGCAACGUCAAGUUCCGCGCAGUUCAAUGGAUCUGUACAGAAGUUUUUCUUGCAUUGGCUGCGCUGGUCAAUCUCAUCCGCCCGCGCCACUUCAAAUACAUAUUCUGGUUUUCUUCGGGAAUUGUGUUCUUGGACUUUAUCCUCAAUGUUAUCUGGCUUCCCAUUGGCACCGCUAAGACCUGGGGUUUUCGCUCAACACACGAUGCGUUUAUGAGCACCUACAAUGGCACUGGUGCUCCUGCAGGGUGGAAUUGGUGUCUGUCUUAUCUUGCUACCGCAGGUAUCCUCAUUGGCUUUGAUGCGUCAGGCCAUGUGGCAGAGGAAACAAAGAAUGCGUCUAUCACUGCCGCACGAGGUAUCUUCUGGAGUGUCAUUGUCAGUGGCUUUGGUGCUCUUCUGACCAUUAUCCUUUUUCUUUUUUGCGCUCCCGAUGCGGACACUCUCUUCUCAUUUGACGCUCCUCAGCCCUUUGUUCCUCUCUAUGCUGUUGUGCUCGGAAAGGGAGGCCACAUUUUCAUGAACGUUGUGUGCAUCGUUGCCCUUUGGCUUAACACCGCUAUUGCGAUUGUCGCAAGUUCCCGUCUUGUUUUUGCAGUAGCCCGCGACGGAGUUUUGCCCUUCUCCAGCUGGGUUGCCCAGGUAUCGCCCGAGGGUCAGCCCCGUAAUGCGGUCAUUGUCGUAUACGCCGUUGCCGCGUUGAUAACCUGUACCAUUCUCCCUUCAGCGGUAGCAUUUACGUCGUUAAUCUCCGCUGCCGGUGUACCUUCGGCUGCUGCCUACGGACUUAUCUGCUUUGGGCGAGUUUUCCUUACGCCAAAUAACUUUCCCAAGGCACGAUGGAGCUUGGGUCGCUUCAGCAAGCCGUUCCAGUUUAUUGGCAUCUUUUGGAACGGCUGGGUUGUUGCGGUUCUUUUCUCGCCUUACAUUUGGCCUGUCACCGGCGAGACGCUCAAUUAUGCUCCUAUUAUCAUGGCUGGCGUGACCAUUUUUGCCAUUAUUACUUGGUGGUUCACUCCCGAGAGCAAGUGGUUGCCCAGUCAGCGCCUGAGCCAUUUCGUCCACAGCAAGGGACUUGGCGAAGGCGAAGACACUCGCGUUACUGAAGAAGCUAUUCCCGAAACCGCAGUUCGGGAAGAGUAA